AUGGCCCCUCUUUGGUCAUGGCUCGGGGCACUAAUUGCCCUGCCCCUUGCUCUAGCUGGCAAUCCUGGAGACGCAGUCCCCAAGUCCUAUAUUGUCGAAUUUAGUGGACCACAAGUAUCUACUGAUGGAUUCAUCUCAACACUCGCUCGCAGCGGCAUUUCUAUUAGUCUCAGCCGCGAUCUAUCAUUCUCUCUUUUCCAUGGUGGAUCUUUCACUCUACCUCAGAAUACCCGGAAUGAGGCUCUAAUCAUCAAGAAAAUUUCUUCACUCUCUCUGGUGAAGAGUAUCUCUCCAGUUCGAGAAGUCUACCAACCCAAGCGAUCUAUUUCCGCUGCCCACCACGCAUCGAUUCUGGAUCAUACCCAUACUCUUCGUCGCCGUAAUGUGAGCUAUCCGAUUGGCUCGAACGAUGUUCCUCAUCAUAUGACUGGUGUGAACAAGCUGCGCGAGGAAGGCUUCGUGGGCAGUGGUAUUUGCGUCGCUGUCGUGGAUGGUGGAAUCGAUUAUAAGCACCCAGCUCUUGGCGGUUGCUACGGAGAAGGCUGCUUAGUUUCAUUUGGUUACAACUUGGUCGAUGACACAAAUGACCCCUAUGAUAACUGCGAUGGUCACGGAACUCAUGUUUCUGGUCUCAUCGCAGCGCAACCGAAUGCUUAUAACUUCACUGGUGUGGCACCUAAUGUCACACUUGGACAUUAUAAGGUCAACAAGUGCCAUUCUGGUUCAUCUACCGAUGUGAUCAUGCAUGCUUUCAAGAUGGCUUAUGAGGCCAAGGCUGAUAUCAUCACUGCUUCUAUUGGUGGUUACAGUGGCUGGUCAGAGGAGCCUUGGGGUGUUCUGAUCCAGCGCAUUGCGGGUGCCGGUGUCCCUUGUUUGGUUGCUGCUGGGAAUGACGGCGCAGACGGAAUGUUCUAUGCCUCCGAUGGAGCAGAUGGCAAGGGUGCUAUUGGUGUGGGUUCAGUUAACAGUUUGACGUCCCCAAUGAUCUUGACCAGUGCUUCCUACUCUACCAAGAACAGUACCAAGCAGCUUGGUUGGUCUAUUUCUGGAGACGCUGAUUUUGUCAAUGGUACUUAUCAGCUAUACCCUCUGAGCCUGAGCACUUCGGUUGAGGGCGACGGUUGUAAGGCUCUACCCUCGACUACACCCGUUUUGUCUAAGAAGAUUGUUCUUAUUCGACGUGGUGGUUGUGCAUUUGAGGACAAGGCUAUUAAUGCUGCUAAUGCCGGUGCAAAGAACAUUCUUUUCUACAAUCAUGUUCCUGGUGUCGAUGCAUUCGAUUUUUCUGAUCAUGGACUCGUCGGUAUUGGAAUGGUGCCAACCGCCACUGGUGAAGAUUGGAAUGUUUCCGUCUACCUACACAUGGUUAGCAAGAGCUCUGCCGCCACAAUUUUUGUCAAUGAAGUGAAUAACCUGGCUGGCGGCUAUGUGAGCGACUUCACCCAAUGGGGUCCUACAAAUGAGCUUGCAGCUAUUACUACUGUCCUUGCUCCCGGUGGCUUCAUGCUGUCAACUUGGCCUCUCGCUCUCGGUGGAUAUGCCGUUGACACCGGUACCUCGAUGGCCACUCCAUACUUGGCUGGUUGUAUUGCUUUGCUCCUUGAAGCUCGAGGCAAGACCCCAGUGAAGACUGUCAAGUCUCUUCUCGCCACCAAUGCUAUCCCCAAAAUGUUCCAGGACUGUGUCACGAGCUACCCAUGGCUGAGCUCGGUUGCUCAACAGGGUGCCGGAUUAAUCGAUGCGUAUAGUGCCGUCCACUCCAAGACCAUCCUUAACGUAAGCAGUCUCAGCUUCAACGAUACUCAGUUCUUGGCUCCUGUUGCAUUCACUAUCAACAACACCGGUUCGGAUAUCGCUGUCUACACGAUCAGCCGGGUCAGCAGUGGCACUGUCUACGCUCUUCCCGAUGACGGCACCACGAUUCCCAUGACCUUUGAUUCUGGCGACUUCAUGGAAACCGUCAACAGCUCGGCCACUCUCAAGUUCAGCUCUACUCGUGUCUCCGUAUUCCCAGGCCAGAGUACCACCGUCAAGGUCCUCGCCAGUCCUCCUCGCGGCCUAAACGCCACCCGCAUUCCCAUCUACAGCGGUUUUGUUACUCUUAACGGCACAAACGGCGAUUCAUUCUCCAUCCCAUACCUGGGUGCUGCCAACGCCAUGCGCAACGUAACAAUCCUGGACACAAAGCACGGCGAGAACUAUCUCCUAUCUAGCGAGAGCUCUGCCCCCGUUCAGGCUGGGCAGAUGUUCACAUUUGCAAGCCCCAAUGCUACCACCGCAACAAACACUACCAACCCGAUCUUCGAUCUGCGUCUCUCCAUGGGAACUCGUCUACUGCAGGCUGAUGUGAAGUCUUAUAACGGAACUGUUCUCGGAUCUCUUCCCUACUACCCCCAGGAAUUCAAGUCGCGAUCUGCGACUGGUCCUCAGAAGGUUUCUUGGGAGGGUCAAUUGGCAGAUGGUUCGUAUGUUCCUGCUGGCAUUUACUCUCUGCGUGUGCGUGCUUUGAAGAUAUUUGGGAACCCACUGAAGGAUUCCGAUUAUGAUCUUGUUGAGACUCCGAAGUUCCGGGUUCGAUACACUGGAGCUUGA